ACGAUACAGUGCACAGCAGGCCACCACCGGUAAAUUGGCCGUUUCGGGGGGCCGGUGAGGGCAAGCUCGGCCUUCCGCGGCUAAGUUGCCGUAGAUUAGAGGCUGUGGCAUAUACAUAGCACUCCCCACUACGAUAAUAUUAUGGUGGUAUGCAUACACAAAGUUUUGCCAUCUCUCUGGGUUACUCGUAGCCUUCCCUAACCCUCCUCAUCACCAUCACGAUCGGUAUCGUAUGAUACCAUAUAACAUCACAUCGACACACAAAGCAAGGAAAAAAUGACCUCUUCAGGAUCCCCGGUUUACGUCCUUGGUGUGGGCAUGACCAAGUUCAUCAAGCCCCGCGGCCAGGUAGACUACCCAGAAAUGGGCUAUGAAGCCGGCAUCAAAGCCCUCGCGGACGCGGGUGUGAACUAUGACGAUGUGGACACGGGGAUCGCCUGCUAUGCCUACGGAGAUUCUACGAGCGGGCAGCGCGUAUUCUACCAAUUCGGCAUGACGGGGAUACCGGUCUACAACGUGAACAACAACUGCUCGACCGGGGCCACGGGACUGCAUAUGGCGCGCAGAUUCCUCGCGCACGGGGCCGGGAACGUGGCGCUGGUCGUGGGCUUCGAGAAGAUGCUUCCCGGGAGCCUGCAGUCCUUCUUCUCCGACCGCACGAAUCCGCUCGACAAGAGCUAUGUUAUGAUGGCGAAUACCAGGGGCGUGGAUCCUAAGCGGCCGGGAGCGGUGCAGUUUUUUGGGAAUGCCGGGAGGGAGUAUAUGGAGAGGUUUGGCGCUACAAAGGAGGACUUUGCCGAGAUUGCUAGGGUGAAUCAUGAGCAUUCUCGGAGGAACCCGUACUCGCAGUUCAGGGAUGUGUAUACGCUUGAACAGAUUAUGGGGAGCCCAGAGAUUUGGGACCCGUUGACGAAGCUGCAGUGUUGUCCUACGAGUGAUGGGGCUGCGGCCGCGGUGCUGGUUGGGGAGAAGUGGCUGCAGGAGCAUCCGGAGUUGAGGGAGAGGGCGGUACUUAUCGCUGGGCAGGCUAUGGCUACUGACUCUCCCGAUUUAUACUCCAAGAGCGCCAUCGAUCUAAUUGGCUUCGCAAUGACCAAGUCUGCAGCAGAGCAAGCCCUCUCGGAAGCAAACCUUGCCCCCAACGCUAUCAAACUCGUAGAACUCCACGAUUGCUUCUCCACGAACGAGCUAAUUACCCUCGACGCGCUAUCCCUCUGCCCACCUGGCAAGGCCCAUGAAAUGGUCCGCAACGGCGACAUCACAUACGGCGGGCGGGUCGUUGUAAACCCCUCUGGUGGCCUGAUAUCCAAAGGCCACCCACUGGGUGCUACAGGGUUGGCUCAAUGCGCAGAACUCGUCUGGCAGCUGCGUGGAUGGGCUGCGGAACGCACUGUAGAGGGUGUAGGUGCGGCGUUGCAACAUAAUCUCGGCCUUGGUGGGGCAGCAGUGGUGACGGUGUAUAAAAGGGCGGAUGGGAGCAAGAAUAGGAGGUUGAGUGAUAAUGAAUUGGAGAGAGUAACGGGGAUUUCGGGAAGAGGGUAUAAUCCUGCUGUUGAGGCGAGGGCGGUGACCCAAAGUGAGAUUGAGGUUGGCAGGAGUAGGCGGGCUGCUAGCGGGUGGAUGGGUGGUGGGGUAGUUGGAGAGACGAGGUUGUAAGUGGGCGUUUGGGUUGGGAUGAUAGGAUGUUCUGUGUUCGAGGGGGUUUCGCUCUCCUGGUGAUUUAUGGGUUUGCAGUAGUUCGUCCUGGCUGGGAAACUUGCUUCAUGAAUAUUGACUCGCAGGGUGCCUGUGCGAGAUGCUGCACACGCCCGCGAA